UAAGGUCAUCAGUGCUAUUUGUAGGAAAUUCCUGCAAAUAGACACGCCCCAAGCAGAAGAUCUUGCAGAGCUGCUUUCUGCUUGUUUGUCUUGGAAUUAAAUAGGCUACCCAUGUUAUGUAAUACCGAUAGGUGGCAUAUUAGGUUUUGUCUAAAAUGAUGUUGGCCUUUAAGAAACUGUCAUGGUUUGCCGGAACCCCAAGCAGGUUAUGUUUUAUUACUGAACAUAAUAGGCUUGGUAAACUGAAACAUUCAUUCCGAACAUUGACAACUGAUUCUUCAAAUAAUUGCUUUGAUGUGGUUGUGGUUGGAGGUGGAAUUGUUGGUGUUGCCUCAGCCAGAGAGCUGAUGUGCCGAUAUCCAAACCUCAAGGUAGCGAUCGUGGAAAAGGAGAAUCAAUUAGCUGCUCAUCAAACAGGACAUAAUAGUGGAGUCAUACAUGCAGGAAUUUAUUACAAGCCAGGGACACUUAAGGCAAAACUUUGUGUCGAAGGACUUCAUUUAACUUAUGAUUUCUGUGAUAAACACAAUGUUCCAUACAAGAAAGUUGGAAAACUGAUUGUUGCGAGAGAUCGGUCUGAAGAAGCUCGGCUUUUGGACCUAUAUGAUAGAGGACAGCAAAACAAUGUUCCUGAGCUGAGAUUAAUUGAUUCUAAAGAAAUUAGGGAGUAUGAACCGUUUUGCCAAGGCUGGAAAGCAUUACAUUCUCCUCAUACAGGAAUAGUAGAUUGGGGACUUGUGACAGAAUACUAUGGAAAAGACUUUAAAAAAAGAGGAGGAGAAAUAUUUUUAAACUUCCAUGUGACAGAUUUUAAUGAAGCUGUCGACACUCAUGGUGGGCUGUACCCUAUCAGAGUUUCUGACAAUAGUAAAAGUAUUAAUGCCAGGUAUGUCUUAACUUGUGGUGGAUUGCAUUCCGAUAGACUGGCAAAAUUAUCAGGCUGCAACCCUGUGCCACAGAUUGUACCUUUUAGGGGAGAAUAUUUAUUGCUCAGCAAAGAAAAACAGCACAUGGUAAAAGGAAACAUAUAUCCGGUACCAGACCCACGGUUCCCUUUCCUUGGUGUUCAUUUCACUCCUCGUAUGGAUGGGAGCAUUUGGUUGGGGCCAAACGCAGUCUUAGCUUUUCAAAGAGAAGGAUACAGGUGGAGUGACAUCAAUAUGAAAGAGUUGAUUGAAACAUUAAAGUUCCCUGGCUUUAGAAAUGCUGCUGCUAAACAUAUUACAUUUGGAUGCUCUGAAAUGCUUCGUUCAGUCUUUAUUCAGCUCCAACUGAAAGAGCUUAGGCGUUUCAUCCCUAACAUUGAGGCAUCUGACAUUUCUAGGGGACCAUCUGGUGUGCGAGCUCAAGCAAUGGACUUAAGAGGCGAGCUGGUCGAUGAUUUUGUGUUUGAUUCAGCACCAGCAAGUGCCAAAAGUCAGUUAGGGCCAAGAAUAUUGCAUUGUCGCAAUGCCCCAUCUCCCGGAGCCACAUCUUCCCUUGCUAUAGCAAAAAUGAUUGUAGACAAACUCAAAAAAGAAUUCAACCUGUGAUAUACUUUUAUAAUCAAUAGAAAAAUAAAAUAUUUUUUUAUUAUUUUUACUCAUAUUA